AUUUCAGAGGAGCGAACGUUGGAAGUUCACCGAAUACGUUCGAGCGGAUUCAAUGGAGCCUCGUUUCUACUCGAAGAAAUGAAAGGCUGUACCCGAAUGACACCGUUCCACACCCUGGAAUCCGCAGAAUGCAAAACAGAAAAGAAACGGCGACUGGAUAAUGGCCGUUGCCAUUUUUGAACGAGCCUGUAGGUCUCGGAACGGCAGUCCUAAACGGACGACGUCGUCGGCUACCUAAUUAAUUCUUCGUCGAACCGAGUGACAAGCGUUACGCGGAUAGGUAUGAGCGGACAGCGUCGAAGGCGUUCGUACAGGCGAGUUCUGCAGCAAUCCGUCCAACCUUCAUUAGUUGUUGACCGCGCACCGUCGCGUACGCUUCAAAACUUUCGCCUAGCGAUCAGUCGCAUCGACGCGACCUGCACCUGCGGGUCGGUCGGGCUCGACAGGAGCUGUUUUCCAUUUGUCGUUUACUAUUUAUCGUUUCUCCGUUUAUCUUCCAUUUCACUAAUUAUCACAGUCGAUAUCCUCUCUGUUCCGCGGCUAAACCAGUGAAAGCUUUCCAGCAUUCUCGAGGAAGUGAGGUCGUCGGCUGCGAAACAGCUUCGAUAACGAAACCAUGAUAAGACGAACGGUCUGACCGCAUCGGAUUUUCGAAAGAAAUCAAAGGAAGAAGAGGACAGACGUUCGAUCGGAUGGUCUCGGCGAUGAUUCGGUGAGCGACAUUGCAAGACCGCCGCCAGUAUGAGGUGCUUCAAGAGUUUCUUUCAGCACACGUGGCAUCCGCAACAGAUGGUGAUUAUGGCAUCGACCGACUCCAUAUGGGACUACCCGUACCCGAGCCAAGCGAGCAGCGUGAUGGGCUUGGUUUACGGAACCGGACCAGAACCCGAACCAGACUAUUUCCCUCCCAAGAGUCGGAUUCCAGAAGCUCGCAUGGAGAGCCUGUCGAGGUUCGAGCUGACGAAGACGGAGUCGAGGAGCGUGGACGAGACCGAGCUGGCCGAAGUGAGGACGACCCUGCCGACCAACAAUGCGGCCACCUCGACGCCCCAGCAACCCGGCGGCGUCCCCUGCAGGAACAACGGAUGCAAAAGCUGGUCGAGCCGCUCGGAGUCGCGGCUGGAGAGCCCGUGGCACUUCCUCAAGACCGUCUUCCUCGUCUCGGUGAUCGUGGCGCUGGUCCUUUGGGUGAUCGUCUACGCGUCCCUCUCGCAGUAUCGAGUCCUGUGACGCCGGGACCACCGGCAUCCGG